AUGGACGUAAUCUACUGCCUCGUCUCCUCCUGGCUCGGCCGCUUGGCCUACACCCAGCUCCAAACCAAGACUGCCCUCUUCACUCUUCUCCCUGCUGCGUCCCGGUUAACAAUCUUCCUAUGCCUCUUCUUCAUCCAGUACUCUCUCCUCAUCUUCUACCGCCUUUACAUCUAUCCCAACUACCUCUCCCCCUUCCGCCAUCUCCCGGGACCAAAGGACAACCACUUCCUCCUCGGCCAAACCCUCCGCCAGUUUCUCUCCGGAGAUCCAACCCAACCCUACGUCUCCUGGAUCCGCACCUGGCCUAACGCCGACCUCAUCCGUUACACCUUCUUCGGAAGCACACCCGCCGUACUCGUCGCGAGCCCCGAGGCAUUCCGGCAGAUUCUGCAGCCGUGCUGUUACGAGUUUACGAAGCCGGCGUGGUAUUCGCGGCUUAUCUUUCCCAUUGUCGGGAAGGGUUUGGUGUUUCUUGAUGGGGAGGAUCAUAAGCGCCAUCGAAAGGUGCUGAGCGGAGCCUUUGCGCUUUCACAUCUUAAACAAUUGAUCCCUCUCAUCGAGAACAAGGCCAUCGAGCUCUGCAACCACUUGGACUCCAUGAUCGAAUAUGACCGCGGCGUCAUAAAUCUCAUCCCUCCCCUCUCCAGAAUCACCCUCGAUGUAAUCGGCUCGACAGUCCUCGGCACAGACCUCCAAAGCCUCGACUCUGCAACGCCCUUCCACGAGAUAUACCAGACCGUCUUCGACCCUCCCAUCACGGGACUGAUACUCACGGCCAUCAACUCCAUCGUUCCCAUCCGGUGGAUUUCCAUCGGGGAGAAUCGCAAGUUUAAUCGCGCCAUCUCACGGCUUCACGAGUUGCUGAGGCAAAUCAUCUGUGAGAGGAUCGCGGAUGUUGAGAAUGAAAAGGUGCAGUUGGCGGGGAAUGGGAGGAGGGAUCUUUUGACCAGAAUGAUACAAGAGUCACAGGCUGUUGGGGAAAAUUGGGACGAGGAUGACUUGAUCGGACAUGUACUCACAUUCAUGGCUGCCGGCCACGAGACGACUUCUAAUACUCUGGCUUGGGCCAUUCACUAUCUAAGCCUGAACCGACCCCUCCAAGCUAGAUUGCGAAAAGAAGUCAUCGAUGCUGCCGGACGAACUGGGUUCGACAUGGAUUACAGCACCAUCGAGCGCAUGCAGCUCCUCGACAAUAUUUUCCACGAAGUCUUGCGCGUCAGAAGCUCCGCAACGUUCGCAACUCGGGAACCCAUUCGUGACACCGAAAUCUGCGGCACCGUCAUCCCCAAAGGAACCACGAUCAUGCUCAUGCCCAGCGCCAUCCACCAAAACCCCCGCAUCUGGGGCGACUCGGUCGACGAGUUCGAUCCCGACCGAUGGGAUCGGCUCGAAGGCGAGGCAGCCAAGUCGCAUGCCUUUGCGGCGUUCCUGAUGGGGCCUCGUGGUUGUAUCGGGCAGGUGUUUACGAGGCUCGAGUUUAAGAUUAUGUUGAUUGCGGUUAUUCGAAGGUUCGAGUUUGAUGCGAUUGAGAAGGGGGAGGUGCCAUUGGUGAAUCCUAGUGUGGUUCUUAGGCCGAAGGGUGGGUUGAGAGUGUUUGCGCAUCGGUUGCCACCUGCUGGUGAAUGA